CAGUUGUUCAUUGUUAUUGUCAGAUAGGAGGUGCUCAUUGGAAAAUCCCUGAUUUGGUGGAUGUGCCUCCUAUUUUUCCGAUGAUUAUUGCUUCUGAAGAAUUUUAAAGUGGUCCUGAUUACGUUAUUGUUAUACGACAAUGGUUGCUUUCUACGAGUAAUAAAUUUCAAAGAGUGACAGUUUCUAAAUUUAAAGUUAAUCCUUGGAGUUUUUGUGAGAGAUGGCUAAAAACAACGAUGAAUUAGAAGGAAUAGAAGUUGAGGAGGAUAUCAUCAUAAAUGACCAGGAUGGUUUGCCAAACGUUCAUCCUAACCUGCUAACUGAAAAUGAAGAAGAUAGUCCACAAGAGCACACUUCUGAUGAUGAAUUUGAUGAUUUGCCAAGUUCUUUGAUCGUGACAAACAUACACGAUAGUGUUUUUAUAACACCCGACCGCAAAGAGGAAAUGGAGAACCUCUUCCGAAACUUCGACCCCGACGUGACCUUCCAGUGGCUGCGCAGUUUUCGCAGGUUGCGCGUGAACUUCAAAACGCCCCUGGCAGCAGCCAGUGCCCGCAUCCAACUGCAUCAAUACAAAAUCAACGAAUCAGUGAUCACGUGUUAUUUUGCUCAGCCCGUCACACCUGUCAAAAACAGCAGUUUGCAACCUCCGGCACCUUAUAAGCAGUUCCUCAUUUCACCGCCAACUUCGCCUCCCGUCGGCUGGGAAGCAAGGGAGGAGAGGGAACCCCUCAUCAACCACGACUUGCUGGCCGCUAUUGCCAACCUGGCUCCUGGAUCAUCUCAUGAGCUGCAUCCUCCGUCUCCAGGACAGCCCAGUAUUGUUGUCCACACUGCUCUUGGAGCUAUGGGAGCUAAGGGUAUGCCCAUAAUGCAAACGGCCUGUCCCGAAAGAAGUUAAUUUCCAUCAUACUGUAAAUAAAGGUAACAUACAUCAUUGCGUAAUAUGUAACUAAUCGAAUAAGUGAGUCAAAAAACGAAAAGCAUUCUCUUGUAAAAUUAAGAUUUACUUUUAUACUUGGUUUUAUAAGAAAUACCUAUUUAUUAUCUAUUGAAACAUUCAAUUUUUUAUUUAUUAUAUAUUUUUCAAUAUUCUUAUUUGUUUUCAGAAAUUAUCUAAAGUUUCUUUGGCUCUCUUAUUCUCGAAUAAAAAAAAUUGAACUGGACCAAGAUUAUUAACCUUCAAUUUGAAGAGUUAUUCUUUAAUCAGUGAUAUACCAAAGGAAUUCUAUAUUAGUGAUGAUUGGUCGAACAAACGAAAAAUUCAAAAACAUAACAGAAUACUGAUUCAAGACUGAUUCAAGUCUAUGUAUAGCCACAAUACAGUUUUCAACAGGAAUAAUCGAAUUAGUUGUGUCAUUUGACAUAUCUAGUUGAAAAAACUGUACUAGUUUGAAUAAGGAUAUAAAUUGUAGACAGCAUUUCGUUGUUUUUUAAAUCUCGAAACAAAUCAUUGGAUAGCAUAUCAUUUGAUUGAAUUGAUUAUUGAGUAGUUUUUGGUUAUUUGGAAUAAAUUCUUCAACGGUAUCUGCGCUUUGCUGUAGAGAAAUUUUUGAUGUUACUCAGAUAUGAAUACUCACAGAAGAUGGUAUUAUUAUAUGUUAUUUUUUUGGAUGAAUGAGGAGUGUUAGAACUUGGUCAAUCAUAUCGUUUUUACAUUGAAAGCUUUUAAUAUUUUUAAUUACUUUCUUACCAAAUGGGUUUAGGGUGCAGCGACAUGAAUCAAUCAGUUGUAAUAUAUUUAACCAAGGGGUUGAGAAUUUGCAUAUUAAUUCUUUAUUUAAAGUUUCACAUCACGCUUAUCUGGUAAUGACAUAUUCUCAGGAAUUAAAUUCACUUGUCAUUUCUAUCCUAAUCCUACAAUGGAGGAAUAUGGAAUGAUGAUGAAUUGAGAUGAAGAAAUAAGAUUGUGAAAUAGGAUUGAAAAACAUGAUAGAAAAAGGCAAAGAGAAGGUGUUAAAACUUCAUUAAAUGAAUGAUGGAUAAGAAAAAUCUUCUAUCGAUAUGGUAAUAGAUAAUAUAUGUGAUGUUGAAAUUUUGGUAUGUAACUUUGAAUGCAAAAUAUUUUGAAAAAGAAAUCGAUCCAACACAAUAAAAUUGAGAUGAAGAUUUAAGAAAUUCUAUCGGAAUUCUAGUUCUUCACCAAUCAAUUUACCAAACUUCAAUCAAAACUAAACAGAUUCUACUAAUUGUUUCAAGUUCAAUUGUGAGACUCAAAAACAGACAAAAUGACAUUCUAUAUAGAUAAUAUUGUCUAUGUUCUAUGUUAUUUAGAAAUAGCUAUUUAUACUUUGUUUCAACCCUUUUUCUACUUAUGCUUUUCUUGUUCAAUGAACCUAUGAACAAUAAUUUUAUUUCAGUGCACCAAUUUUUGAUGCAUAAAAAUUUAUUAUUUUUGUAAAUUUUAAGCAUAUAGUAGGUAAAUUAAGGUGGAUAAAAGUGAAUAUAUAUGUAGAUAUCGAAUAUAGGUAUAACUACUUUUAUUUAAUAAUCAUAGAAUUUUUACCCUGGUUAAAAUUGCCAAAUGAAUUCCUUAGCGCACAUUUUGGCCGAAAUGUAGAUUUGUUAUAAAAAAAAAGUUCCAUUUGAGUUAUUAUCCCAUUGUAUAUUAAAAAAAAUUUGGUUAAAGCCUUUUGAAAUUCAUCGUUAUCUAAUGUCCCAAUAAUUCUUUGUAGAAGAUGAAAAUAUUGUGUCUAUAUAACCUAACCUUAUCCAAAUGUCUCAGUAUUGAAAUUUUUAUUUUAUUAUGUUUCGAAAAAUAGGGUAUUGAAUGUUGAACUCUGAAAAAUAUCUGUGGUGUUGAAUGUUAAAUUAACCGAAUACUAAGUGUCAAUUAAUUGUAUAUGAUGUUACUUUCUUUAUUAACAUAUCUUUGUGGUUCCUAUACCAUAAGCGCUAAUUUUCAUAGUUUCUCCUAUAAAUUUUUGCAUCUAUAGAAAUCAUCUUCCAUUAUACUUAUUUUUAAGAACUAUUAGUGCUUUUGGUAUUUAUUAAUAACUGUAAAUUCUAUACACUCUUGUAGUUAACUUCAAAGAUUUAUGUGAAAUAUAGUGUAUUUAGGUCAUUUGUUCAACGUUUAAUAUCGAAAUGUUUAACUUACUUAUUCUCUCUAUUUGAAUGCCCAAAGGUAUAAUUGUGAUGAAUUUUUGGAAAGAAAUUCCAUGUUUUUAUGUUCCUAUUAAAUGAAUUUAUUUAUUUA